AUGGUUGAUGCUCCAAUUCUGAAACAAACACUGAUGAACUGCAGAAAUACAAAGAUUAUGCUACUAGUACCACUUACCGUUUUCAACGGCGUCGAGCAGGCAUUCGUGAUUGGCAUUUUCACUAAGGCCUUUGUUGCAUGUGGAUUGGGCGUGCCACAAAUAGGCUUCGUCUGCACUGCGUUUGGAAUAUCGGACGCCAUUUGCAGUUUAGUGUUUGGUCCACUGAUCAAACUGUUUGGUAGGAUGCCGCUGUUUGUGUUUGGAGCCGUGAAUAAUAUGCUGAUGAUAGUAACUCUAAUGAUAUGGCCUCUGAAUCCUGCUGAUAAAGCUAUACUCUACGUUGCUGCCACUGUGUGGGGCAUGGCAGAUGGCGUUUGGAAUACUCAAAUAAACGGUCUGCAAUUUUUUCUACAUGAGUCUGCCUUUGUUGCAUGUGGAUUGGGCGUGCCACAAAUAGGCUUCGUCUGCACUGCGUUCGGAAUAUCGGACGCCAUUUGCAGUCUAGUGUUUGGUCCACUGAUCAAACUGUUUGGUAGGAUGCCGCUGUUCGUGUUUGGAGCCGUGAAUAAUAUGCUGAUGAUAGUAACUCUAAUGAUAUGGCCUCUGAAUCCUGCUGAUAAAGCUAUACUCUACGUUGCUGCCACUGUGUGGGGCAUGGCAGAUGGCGUUUGGAAUACUCAAAUAAACGGGUUUUGGGUGGCUCUUGCCGGGAGGCAGUCUCUCGACCUCGCCUUUAGCAACUACCGCUUCUGGGAAUCGAUCGGUUUGGCUGCCGGGUUUGCCAUAUCUCGACUGUUUUCCGUUGAAACAGUGCUGCUCAUACUGUUCUGCCUUUUGCUGCUUGGUAUGAUUGGCUAUUGCGCUAUAGAGCUCUACGAUGAUGUG